CCGAAGAAAACCCCAGCUCCUCCUCUCUGACCAAACCAAAUAAGAGGAGACUGAGAGAGGGAGAGGGAGAGAGAUAGAGACAGAGGAGAAUGCAUUCCUUCGGUUACCGUGCGAACGCGGUGCUAACGUUCGCGGUGACGAUAUUAGCGGUAAUGUGCGCCAUGGCUUCUCUCUCUGAUAAUUUCAACGUCCCAUCUCCCACCGCCCAUGUCCAGGUUCUGAAUAUAAAUUGGUUUCAGAAGCAACCAAAUGGAAAUGAUGAGGUUAGCUUGACGUUAAAUAUAUCAGCAGAUCUACAAUCGAUGUUUACAUGGAACACAAAACAGGUUUUUGUCUUUAUAGCAGCUGAGUAUGAGACCCCACAGAAUACUUUGAAUCAGGUAUCACUUUGGGAUGGUAUUAUACCAUCGAAAGAGCACGCGAAGUUUUCUAUUCACACCACAAAUAAGUACCGAUUCAUUGAUCAGGGGAGCAAUCUCCGGGGUAAAGAUUUCAACUUGACACUGCACUGGCAUGUGAUGCCUAAGACUGGCAAGAUGUUUGCUGACAAAAUAGUGAUGACGGGGUACCGCCUUCCCCAGGGAUACAGAUAAGUAACUCUUAUGUUUUUGCUCUUGUUUUUGUAUGGUUUUUUGUCAUAGGAAUGAUGCGCUAGUUGAGGAAUAUUGAAAAUGGAGAGGACAAUAGAAUAAUUUCUCUUUACUUUAUAUUAGGAUGGUUUAUAUGAGUAAAACUCAGGGGUUAGACUGGUGGCCCACCGACUGCACAAGAUAUCUGUGGAACUCUGGGGCCCAUUGUGGAUUGCAUUGUUGCAAUUGGUGGCCUCCAAAUGGAUGGCUAGAAAAAUAUGUUUACCAGUCCAAAUUAAUAGGUAGCAGAUGUCAAGGUUGUCCGACUGAUGUGCUUCUAUGGUAUGCUCCAUCCACGACGGGUUUUAAGGUUUCAA